GAUCGAACCGUAAAAUGCUACGAGAGAGUCCAAAUCCUUUUGACCUCCUCCCCGUGCGAGAAAAGGAGGCGCGGGCGGUUUGUUCACCUUUAUUUCGUGAGUUCUCGCAGAUGAUCGGAGAGAUUCGGGAGGCUGCGUCAUAGAGCGCGCGCGCGAACCCGGGCGCUUCGUCAUUGCGACGGAGGUUGUCGUGUGUCGGCAGUGGCCCGUGCAAGCGCUCGCUCCGUACCGCACCGCCGUGCCUCGUCUCCGUGCGACCGUCGUCCCGCGAGACGUGAGUCGCGACCUCGGUCCACUGUCCGCCGCGCCCGGCAGGGGUCUCUGGCUUGUAUACCGGUCAUCUCCAACGAGUCCGUGCCGACCAGCACCGUCAGAACUUAGGUACUGGUGCGGGUAUUCGCGCAGUGCAUGUGCUCGUGUAGUCCUUAGCUCUGUGACCACGCUCCCCGGGACCGACGAUUGUGGCGCGAUGUAAAGAAGCCGCGACCGCGAAUCAUGUGCGCAAGACGGUGAGCGGGAGUUGGCGGGGGAGAUGUCCGCGCCGGCGGCGGCCAGCUGAUAGCAUGCGGGCGGCGCGCGCGCCCGCCCCGACCUAGCCGGACACACCACGACCGCCACGUUCACGGGUGCGCUGGAGGAGGGCGCGCUGGGCGGCGGCGGCGGCGGCGGCGCGCUCGGCGCGCUGCGUGCGGCCGGCUCGCCGCCCGCGCACUGCCUCGGUGCCAGCCGGCACAGUCUCAUAGAAAUGAUGACGUGCCGACUGGGGUCGAGGCGGUUGGGCGGGUCGCGCGGCUCGCUGCAGGCCGGCACCGCGUGCUCCGCCGCCAGCGAGCUGGACCUCUCCUCGCGCUCGCGACGCUCGCAGAAAGCUCGGUUGUUGACUAGAUUAAAACUGCUGGGCGCCAGCGGCGAAGCGCCACUGCUGACCGGCUGGCGGAGCACGCCGCACACACCGCACGCGCCUGCCACGCCCGCCCCCCACCACUCACACAACCAUCUCGCUCCGCAUUGCAACGGGACGGACAGUGGCAGCAGAGCCGGUCUGCGCCGGCGCUCCACGUACACGAGCGGGCGGCUGCGCACGGGCCCGCACUGGUCCUUCGUGUUCGACCCCGCGGGCCGGCUGUGCUACUACUGGUCGAUGGUCGUGUCGCUCGCCUUUCUCUACAAUCUUUGGGUUAUCGUCUACAGGUUCGCCUUCCAGGAGAUCAACGGGGAAACGUUGGUGGUGUGGUUUUGCCUCGACUAUUUCUCCGACUUCCUGUACCUGGCCGACAUCCUGUUCCACUUCCGCACCGGCUACCUGGAGGACGGCGUGCUGCAGACGGACGCCGCCAAGCUGCGCGCGCACUACAUGAACUCCACCACCUUCUACAUCGACUGCCUCUGCUUGCUGCCGCUCGACUUCCUCUACCUCUCCAUCGGCUUCAACUCCAUCUUGCGCUCUUUUCGCCUAGUCAAGAUCUAUCGGUUCUGGGCUUUCAUGGACCGCACCGAAAGACAUACGAAUUAUCCAAAUUUAUUUAGAUCGACCAGUUUAAUACAUUACUUACUAGUGAUAUUUCAUUGGAACGGGUGCUUGUACCAUAUAAUAUAUAAAAACAAUGGAUUCGGGAGUAAAAACUGGGUGUAUCAUGACACUGAGACGGCGGAUGUGGUGAAACAAUAUCUUCAAAGUUAUUAUUGGUGCACGUUGGCGCUCACUACGAUAGGAGACUUGCCGCGGCCCCGCAGCAAAGGCGAAUACGUGUUCGUAAUCGCGCAGCUGCUGUUCGGGCUACUACUGUUCGCCACCGUGCUGGGCCACGUGGCGAACAUCGUCACGUCGGUCAGCACGGCCAGGAAGGAGUUUCAGGCCAAACUGGACGGCGUGAAGACGUACAUGCGAAUGCGGCGGGUGCCAACCCACCUGCAGGUCAAGGUCAUCAAGUGGUUCGACUACCUCUGGCUUACGCAGAAGUGCUCUGACGAAGAGAAGGCGGUCUCGUGUCUUCCGGACAAGCUCAAGGCAGAAAUUGCAAUAAAUGUUCACUUGGAUACGUUGAAGAGGGUGGAAAUUUUUCAAAAUACGGAAGCGGGAUUCCUUUGCGAGUUAGUGCUGCGAUUAAGACCGGUGCUAUUUUCGCCAGGAGAUUUCAUCUGCAGGAAAGGGGAAGUAGGAAAAGAGAUGUACAUAGUAAACCGAGGGAAGCUGCAGGUGGUAGGAGAUAACGGAAAGACCGUAUUGGCUACACUCAAGGCGGGUUCUUAUUUUGGAGAAAUUUCCAUUCUGAACAUGGGCACGGCAGGUAAACAACUUGGCAACCGGCGGACAGCAUCGGUGCGCUCCGUGGGCUACUCGGAUCUGUUCGUGCUCAGCAAGAAGGACAUGUGGGACGUGCUCAAGGAGUAUCCUGCGGCGCGAGUGCGCCUCGAAGCGAUAGCCGUCAAGAGACUUGAGAAAUACAAGAAAGCGCCGCUAGAAAAAGUGGCUAUGGGACGCUGCCAGUCGACGCCCGGUCUCGUGGAGACGAGCGGGCGCGUGCCCAUCGAGGAGAUGCAGCUGCCGACCGCGCACGCCGUGCCCCCGCUGCACUCCUCACACCCGCCUUCCUACCGGGACCAGCUUUAUAGUUCGUCAGUAAGUCCUCUUCGUGUAGCAUCUCCUGUGGCUUCGUGCGCGUCAAGCGCUCGUAGCAGCGCGGCCGGCGCGGGCAGCAUGGCCGUCGCCGCCGUGGCCGCCGCCGCAGCCGCCGCGGCGGCCGGCUCCGGCCCCGGCCCGCGCGUCAUGCUCGACUCGCAUGACGUGUUAGAAUGUGAAAUCAAGCGUCUUCGGGAACGCCUACAUACUGUCGAGACUGAAAACGCCGCCAUGUCGGCGAAACUCAGUCAGCAGCAGUGGGAGGUAGAUCAGAGGCUGCAGGAGAUCGAAAUGCAAAUAUGUGGCGGUAGCUCGCUGAGCUCCCAGGAGGAGAAUGAGCGCAACCGUGAAAGCAUCAUUUAACAGCGCGCCUCGCCCCCGGCUGCGGCCCCGCGGCCGCUGCCGCCCCGGCCCGUGUUGCGGCUGUCUGCCGUCUUCUAACCGGCCCGAGCGCAGAGCCCGCGUUGUCGAUGCGUGGCCGCGUGCGCCAUCGCAACGCCCAGACGUCAUGCACCCAUUCGACGUCAUUGAGUGUUAUCGAUCCUCCCAGUACUUUCGGAGAACUUCCUUUGUUACGAAGAAUGAUUGCAAUGUGGUUUUACAAUGGAUAAAAUAAAUGUUAUAAUAUUUAAUACGAAUUAACUUUAUCAAAUUUAUACAUAUACGUAGUAUAACGACUCGCUACUGUUUGUCGAGUGACCGUGGAGUGAGAUUAUGCCGAGACAAUAUCGUAAUGUAAAGUCAUUUUAGUGCAUCGAGAUGUGUCGAGUGCUGGAGAGAGUGGGAGCGGCGAGUGCGCUCCGGUUUCAGUUCCGAGUUAUUUUCGCGCAAGGCGUACUUCUUUAUGGAUGGACGUUGAUGCGAAUUCUUUUUUUCGUAAGUCAAUCUAUGUCGUGCAUACCUGGUGUCUAUUUUAACGACGUUUGGUUUAAUACCAAAUAAGAUAAGAGUAUGGAAUAAAUUAUUAUAUACAUUCAUAUAUCUAUUGAAUUUAUAAUGUUUUAUUU